AUGGAAGGUUGCACUGAUAAUUUAAAAGAAGUUAUAUACAAAAAGGGUGUUGUGAGUUCUGAGUGCCAAAAAUUGCGACUUGCAAUGACAUUCAACACAACUUCACAACAGUGGCAAAACAAAAAGGGUGUUCAAGUCACUUCUGCAUCGGAAAAGAGCCAAUUUGAGUCAUUAAUAUCAAAGUUGGAGGGAAUGGGCUACACACUAGGAAGCAACUUAUUCAUCGUCUCGUACGAUUGGAGACACGAGUCUCCCAAGUUGAUGAGUUACGGCGCUAGAGUGAUAUACGCCGCAUUUGGGUUUGGCGGAAUUUUGCUUGAAAAGUCGAUGCGAGAAAAGGGUGAUUUUUGGAUUAAAAACAACGUCGAAAAGGUUAUUACACUCAACUCGCAGUGGUCGGGGGAUGUCACUUCUCUUCUUCAAAUUUUGGACAGUGGAGACGCAAACCCAAAUUUGUUACUACGCGCGGAGUUACUUUCGUUUGUCACGAACUUCCCGGUUGUUGUGGACAACGAAGAGAUUAUCGAAAGUAAUUUAAUACUUUCAUAUUUAACGAAAAUAGGAUAUGACACAUCGAGUUUCAACGAGUUUAAAAAAGCAAAAAGAGGGUUCUCUCAAAUCCCGCAUUUGUGUGCCUUCUUUGCUGACGUCAUCACGCCAAACACGUUGAGAGCCAAAGGAAAAGUUGUGUCAGUGUAUAACUACACAUUAGGUGACACUGUCACUUCACUCGAUUCACUGAAUGAUUGUAUUGUAUGGACGCAGAAUUCAACAUUUCUUGGAAAGAGUAAGAGAGAGUUGAUAUACACUUCUAAAAAGGUGUUAGAUCUCUUUGAUGACAAAUUGUGUUGCUUGGCCUCACAGCCAAGCAAUGACAGUUCUUCAUUUUCUUCUUGGGCACGGUCUUGUUUCUCUUACAUUUCUUCAUUUUUAUGUGCUUUAAUGCUAAGAUUAUUGUUCUGA